UUGGGGUGGGAGGAGCAGCUGAGCUCCUCGGGACCGUUCUCCGGCAGGUACGGGGGUUAGGGUGUAAUCGUGGCCCUGCGGCUCUUGACCAGCCGUGGCUGUUGAGCUCCGUGCCGUGUGGUGAGGAGCGUGCUCGGGGAGGAUCUGUUCCCCCGGCGGUGCCGCGACCAUGGACGAGCAGAGCGUAGAGAGCAUUGCUGAAGUAUUCCGAUGUUUUAUUUGUAUGGAGAAAUUGCGUGAUGCACGCCUGUGUCCUCAUUGCUCCAAGUUGUGCUGUUUCAGUUGUAUUCGGCGUUGGCUGACAGAACAAAGAGCUCAGUGCCCUCAUUGUAGAGCCCCGCUGCAGCUGCGAGAGCUUGUGAACUGUCGUUGGGCAGAAGAGGUCACACAGCAGCUUGAUACCCUUCAACUCUGCAAUCUCACAAAGCAUGAAGAAAAUGAGAAAGACAAGUGUGAAAGUCAUCAUGAAAAACUUAGUGUUUUCUGCUGGACCUGUAAGAAGUGUAUCUGUCACCAGUGUGCGCUUUGGGGAGGAAUGCACGGAGGACAUACUUUUAAGCCACUGGCAGAAAUCUACGAACAACAUGUCACAAAAGUCAAUGAAGAAGUGGUAAAGCUUAGGAGAAGACUCAUGGAAUUGAUCAGUUUGGUUCAAGAAGUGGAGAGGAAUGUAGAUGCAGUGCGUAGUGCGAAGGAUGAACGAGUUCGGGAAAUCAGGAAUGCAGUGGAGAUGAUGAUAGCCCGAUUAGACACUCAGCUGAAGAAUAAGCUUAUAACAUUGAUGGGUCAAAAGACAUCACUUACUCAAGAAACUGAACUUCUGGAAUCCCUCCUUCAAGAAGUAGAACAUCAGUUACGAUCAUGCAGUAAGAGUGAGUUGAUCUCCAAAAGUUCGGAGAUCCUGCUGAUGUUCCAGCAGGUUCAUCGGAAGCCUAUGGCCUCAUUUGUCACCACUCCUGUCCCCCCAGACUUCACAAGUGAAUUGGUUCCAGCCUAUGACUCAACUACAUUUGUCUUGGAAAACUUCAGUACAUUGCGCCAGCGAGCAGAUCCUGUGUACAGUCCACCUCUGCAAGUGUCAGGACUUUGCUGGAGAUUAAAAGUUUAUCCAGAUGGAAAUGGUGUUGUGCGGGGCUACUACCUGUCUGUGUUCUUGGAGCUGUCCGCUGGAUUGCCAGAGACAUCCAAGUAUGAGUACCGUGUAGAAAUGGUUCACCAGUCCACGAAUGAUCCCACCAAAAACAUAAUUCGAGAGUUUGCCUCUGAUUUUGAAGUUGGAGAAUGCUGGGGUUACAACAGAUUCUUUCGUUUGGACUUGCUAGCCAAUGAAGGCUAUUUAAACAGGCAAAAUGACACUGUGAUCCUAAGGUUUCAGGUGCGCUCGCCAACCUUCUUCCAAAAGUGCCGAGAUCAACACUGGUACAUUGCUCAGUUAGAAGCUGCUCAGACAAGUUAUAUCCAACAAAUAAAUAACCUUAAAGAAAGGCUUGCAAUUGAACUUUCCCGGACCCAGAAAUCACGAGGCAUUUCACCUCCAGACACUCAUCUGAGUCCCCAGAAUGAUGAUGGUCCAGAAUCAAGAUCAAAGAAAUCUGGACAAAGUACUGAGGCACUGCUUGAGAAUGUUGCUGCUCCAGGAUUAGUGCGCGAUAGCAAGGAAGAUGAGGAAGAGAAGAUCCAGCAUGAAGACUUUAAUCAUGAGCUCUCUGAUGGUGACUUGGAUAUAGAUCUUGCUGGAGAAGAUGAGGUAAACCACCUUGAUGGCAGCAGCUCUUCAGCUAGUUCAACAGCAACUAGUAACACUGAAGAAAAUGAUAUCGAUGAAGAGACUAUGUCUGGAGAAAAUGAUGUGGAAUAUAGCAGUAAUAUGGAGUUGGAAGAAGGUGAUCUCAUGGAGGAUGCAGCGGCUGCUGCUACUCCUGGAGCAUCAGGUACUAGCCACAGCUACAUCAGUGCAAGUGGAAGACCUUCAAGGCGGGGAGGAAGUGCCCUAGGCUCAACAGCCAGUAGCAGUUUACUAGAUAUAGAUCCCUUAAUUUUAAUCCACUUGCUGGAUCUAAAAGACAGAAAUGGAAUGGAAAACCUCUGGGGCCUUCAGCCACGUCCACCUCCCUCUCUUCUGCAGAAUAGAGCAUCAUCCUAUUCUCUAAAAGAUCGAGACCAGCGGAGACACCAGGCUAUGUGGCGUGUGCCCCCUGACUUGAAGAUGCUGAAAAGGCUCAAAACACAGAUGGCUGAAGUUCGAAGCAAAAUGUCUGAUGUGAAAAACCAGCUGUCAGAAGUGAGAAGCAGCAACCCUGGCUCAUGUGAUGGACAGCCCACCUUCUUCUCCAUUGAGCAAGGCGCUUUAGCUGCCUGUGGAACGGAAAGCUGUAGCAAGCUGCAAGAAAUAGGAAUGGAGCUACUGACAAAGUCUUCAGUUACCAGUUGUUACAUAAGGAAUUCUGCAAGUAAGAAAAGUAACUCACCCAAAACUGUUCGCUCUGGAGCAGCAGGUAGCCUCUCUUUACGGAGAGCUAUGGACUGUGUGGACAGCAAUCUUCGCUUAAAGGGAGACACUCAAACUUCUGAAGGUGGCGUAGGGAGCUCCAAGUUGAGUGGUCGGCACCAUUCUGCCAGGACCCUGGCUAACAGCAGUGUCCCCGAGUCACUGCCAAAGACGGAGGACAGGCCUUGUGAUGGUUCAGAUUCUGAUAUGGGAGUUUCUGGCUUAAAUGGCUUAGCUGCUGUAGAGAAGACAAGGAAAGUUGGUGCUCUAGGGUCAACUUCUAAAGGAUGUCGUACAGAAGGAGCCCAGUCAGGUGGUCUGGAGAGCAGCUCUGACACGGGUGACCUACAGGCUGUCCUUUCUGAGGGGGCUUCUGCAGGGCCAGAAGAAGCUGGCAUAUGUCAGAAGCAUGUCCUUCAUCUCCUACCAGGAAUGAGCAGCGACAGCGACAUUGAAUGUGACACAGAAAACGAAGAGCAGGAAGAUGGUGCCUCUGCCUCAGUGGGGUUUAACCAGGCCUUCCCGGUCCAGUCCUCCAGCGAAGUUUCAGCCUCAGAGCGGUGCACAGCAUUCCCAGAGGGUGACCAAGCUGGUCCUGAUGAUCUCAGCUUUGCUACUGGAGAAGACAGCACCAGGUAGAGAACACAUUCAGGGCCUGAAGACCUGUGGCUCAUGUCCUUGGGAAGAGAGGCGUUUAUUCGCUGGAGCUUAGCCCAAGGCUGUUAUUCGUGGCUGUGAGCACACUACGUUCUGUCCAGCACUCUCAUAUGGUUCUUCUACAGUUGUCUUAAGCCAGUUACUGGGGUGAAGUGACCUUUGGAGGUCUUACACUAAUGUCUGCAUUCCUGCUGGCUCUGUCAGCUCACAUGCUCUUAAGAAGUGCCCCAGAGGUGCUGAAGCCCCAUUUCAGGCUGCUGCUGUCCUGUUGCAUCCCUGGGCUAACCGUGAGUAUGUGACUGUCACAGAAUCACAGAAACCCAAGGGUUGGAAGGGACCUUGAACGGUGUGAGCGGGUUGUGCAAGGCUGCUGAAGCUGGCAGAUGGGAUGGAUGGAGUUGGGGUGAAGCAGCUGCUGUUUUCCUCAGUCAUGACAUGGACCAACUGAACCCACCACCACCCUCUGCCACUGCGUGUUGCGUUCUGAGCUGCUAAACUACAUGUGACACUAUGGUGCAAGCCAAAUGCCUGGUCAGUGACAAAGCAUGAGUAACUGUCACCGUUCUUGUCCGUGUCUCUGCUGGCUGUACCAGUGUUCCUGUCUGUGAGUGUUCCACAGUGUAAGUGCUGUACAACUCCUAGUUUAAAACUGUUUGCACUUUGUUAAUAAAAUGAAUGUUGAAAUCUGA